UGUGAGGCCGGCUGCGGCGGGAGGGGGCCGGUAGCGCCCCGGGAAGAUUUAUAACAAGCACAGCCUGUGCUUUGUCAGGACCCUGUUCAGAGUCUCCAUGUUGUCCCGUCUAGAUGAAGCUGGUCUGAGAAGCUGGGAACAUUCUGUUUGGGCUGUGCAUCUCGAGUAAGCUUUUGGCUCUGAAAAAGGCAGGCGUGUAUCCUUCAAGAAGCAGAGAGGUACAGACUAAAUGGAUCUAAAGACAGCAGUGUUCAAUGCAGCUCGUGAUGGCAAGCUGCGACUCCUUUCCAAGUUACUGGCAAGCAAAACAAGAGAAGAGGUAGCCCUACUGAUGUCAGAGAAAACCAAUGGUGCCACACCACUUCUGAUGGCAGCCCGUUACGGGCACCUUGACAUGGUGGAGUACUUGUUGGAUCACUGCUCUGCAUCGAUAGAAGUUGGUGGUUCGGUGAAUUUCGAUGGUGAAACCAUUGAGGGGGCUCCGCCGUUAUGGGCAGCAUCAGCGGCUGGCCACUUGAAGGUGGUUCAGUGUCUGUUAGAUCAUGGUGCAUCCGUCAACAAUACAACUCUGACAAAUUCAACACCGCUUAGAGCUGCCUGUUUUGACGGUCACCUGGAAAUAGUAAAAUAUCUUGUGGAGCACAAAGCAGACCUGGAAGUAUCAAACCGUCAUGGGCAUACAUGUUUGAUGAUCUCAUGUUACAAAGGCCACAAAGAAAUCGCUCAGUAUUUACUUGAAAAAGGAGCUGAUGUCAACAGAAAAAGUGUUAAAGGAAACACUGCGUUACAUGACUGUGCGGAAUCUGGGAGUUUGGAGAUCAUGAAGAUGCUUCUCAAGUAUUGUGCUAAAAUGGAAAGGGAUGGUUAUGGAAUGACUCCCCUUCUGUCUGCUAGUGUGACAGGCCACACAAAUAUCGUGGACUUUCUGACCCAGCAUGUACAGACCAGUAAGGCUGAGCGCAUAAAUGCUCUGGAACUUCUAGGAGCAACGUUUGUGGACAAGAAGAGAGAUCUGCUUGGUGCUUUGAAAUACUGGAAGCGAGCUAUGGAAAUGAGAUACAGUGAUAGGACUAAUAUCCUGAGCAAACCUGUGCCACAAACACUAAUUAUGGCGUAUGAUUAUGCUAAAGAGGUAAACAGCUCAGAAGAGCUAGAAAAUCUUAUUGCAGACCCUGAUGAAAUGAGAAUGCAAGCACUAUUAAUUAGAGAACGUAUUCUUGGCCCUUCUCACCCAGAUACAUCCUACUAUAUUAGAUACAGAGGUGCGGUCUAUGCAGACUCUGGAAACUUCAAGCGUUGCAUCAACUUAUGGAAAUAUGCUUUGGACAUGCAGCAGAGCAAUCUUGAUCCGCUGAGCCCUAUGACAGCCAGCAGUUUACUAUCAUUUGCUGAACUUUUCUCCUUCAUGCUGCAGGAUAGGGCAAAAGGCCUGCUAGGCACUACUGUCACAUUUGAUGAUCUCAUGGGUAUACUGUGCAAAAGCGUUCUUGAAAUAGAACGGGCCAUGAAACAAACCCACUGUCCUCCUGAUCCAAUACAGCUGAACAAAGCCCUUUCCAUCAUUUUGCAUUUAAUUUGCUUGUUGGAGAAAGUACCUUGUAGCUCAGAACAGGAGCAUUUUAAGAAACAGACUAUUUACAAGUUUCUUAAGCUUCAGCCUAGAGGGAAGAAUAACUUCAGUCCACUUCACCUUGCUGUUGACAAUAAUACUACAUGUGUGGGUCGCUACCCAGUUUGUAAAUUCCCCUCUCUACAAGUUACUGCUAUCCUAGUGGAAUGUGGUGCUGAUGUAAAUGUCAGAGACUCUGAUAACAACAGUCCAUUACACAUUGCUGCACUGAACAACCAUCCGGACAUCAUGAAUCUUCUUAUCAAGUCAGGUUCACACUUUGAUGCCACAAACUCACAUAAACAAACUGCUAGUGAUUUGCUGGAUGAGAAGGAAAUAGCAAAAAAUUUAAUUCAGCCUAUAAAUCAUACUACGUUGCAGUGUCUUGCUGCUCGUGUAAUAGUGAAUCAUAACAUAUACUACACAGGGCACAUCCCUGAAAAACUGGAGAACUUUGUUUUGCUCCAUAGAUGAUAGUGUGGAGUCUCAGAGUACUGUUUUUGAAGCACGACUUGGUGAUGAUAUUUUCCUUGAGCACUGUUGUGAUACACCAGCGUUCCCUUAGCUUGCUCCAUCUUGCUGUCAUUGGCUAAAGCGUUGUUAGCAUCAGAUCUGCAGAGUUGGUUACCCAGUAUUUAAUAUGAAUAUGCCAUAUAAUAUAUUUUGUGGAUUAUUUAGAAAUGUAAUGCCAUAUUUAGACUCUUAAAAUUGUCUGCCAAAGGCUUGUCUAUUCUGGUCUUACUUGCUUGUUGGGUGUUUGAGACUGAGUUGAGUAUUUUCCACUGAUGUCUUUUUACUAUAACUGUUACGUGGAUUUUAUACAGUUGGAAGGUCAUCUUUUUUUGGUUUUGCUUGAGCAUUUCUACUCUUACUCUGUUCUUUUUCUAUGGACUCAUUGCUAAACUGUACAGGUUGUAUGGACUUGUUAACAUUUGCAACUACCAUAAGUGCUUUUAUCUUCUCUAUGCACUGGCUUAAACAUGACUGUUGUGUGUGAGCAUAUUUCUAUGCAGCACUUGGCCAAUUUCAACUUAAAUGCUAAUUUUGUUUUGCAGUUUGUUUGGAGCUCUUUUGAGAAUGCUGUCUUCAUAGCAUGAUGCAUUUUGAAGUUACUUAUCAGCUCUCCAAACUUGGGUUUGACUUUUUUGACUGCUGUAACUGAGAUUGCUUUCCUUUUGAUCCUCUGGAAAUUUGUCCUAAAUUUGGGAGAAGAAAAUCUCACUUUUUUCUUAUCGUAGUCCACUUGAACUUUAAAUCUGAAAAUCGUUUUAUUGCAUUGUGCGGUUAGGGGAAGAAUCCUCAUUAUGUACAACUGACACCUUCCGCUUUGCACUAAUGUCUUGCUUGUGCUGGUUAUGUGACUAGAUGUGAAGUUUGCUCAAAGUUUAACCUCAAACUUAAUGAUACACUUUAAUGAGAUAUAGAUCAAAUGUAUGCCGUAGUUUAAAAUUUACAACUCAACUUUAGCUACAAAAGAAACUAAAGCAUGUUGGUGGCAUGAUGCUUAUCAGUCCAGAUCUAGACAUCAUCUAACAUAGUAAGUGGCUGUAUGCCAGGGUAUUGGAAGUUCUAUAGCAGUGUCCUUUUUUCUUCAUUUUAAGUAUCUUUAUAAAUACUUGCAUGGAUUUUUCAUCUCUGCUAUGUCAGCUGUACUUAACAAAAAGCAGAAGUUCUGUUGUGUAUAUAGCUCCUAAUUAAAGUACCUAUUUUUAUAAUAUUUGCACAACAGCUUAGCUUUUACAACAGAAAGGGCUCUUUUGACUUGAUAAGAAACCUGUAAAUGAAGAUCAUAAAUGUGAGUGCGAUUCAGGUAAAAUAAUAUAAUUCAGCACUUUACUGUUGAUUAAUAGUAGAAUUUAUUAUGGCACAUUAGCCCUGCAAAUGUCUUAAAUUAAUUUCUGUUGGAUAGAAUACAGUUUACUUGCAAGUUUAGUGGUCUAGCAUAUUGGAUAUUUUUGACUUGAUGUUACAUUUCAGUGCUGGGUAGUACAUGUACCUAUGAGGUUCUUGUUCCAGAAAUUCAACAAGUUGAUUUAGGCCUUUGUCCGUGAUAGAGAUAUUUAGAAGCCAAAUUAAUUAGAUAAAGUUAUUUUAGGAGGGUCUUUUUUAAUAUUCUAUUUUUAUUUUUUAAGUUGAUGUUGGAACAUUUUUGUUCUUCGUGAAUCGAGUUGAGGAAGAAUGUGUCUUGGGAGCAUAUAAGAAUAGUUCUUCAUUGCUUUUGAGCUGUUUUGGGUUCCCUGUUAGUGUAUGGUGUGGUGCCUACUAGCUUAGCCAUUCUUGGGAAAAAUAUGGGGAUGUUUUUAAACAAAGGUAUGUUGAAAGCAGUGCUGUUUGUGUAUUGCCACUUUCAGACUCUGUAUUUUGAAGCAACUUUCACCUGUUUGUCCCAUGCCAUGUCUACAUUGUAUGAAAUUGUGAGAAUGAGGAAAUGCUGUUAGUUUCUCUUGCAAAUACGCAGGAGUAAAAUUCUAUUCAAUUGGCUGAAUUUCUCUGAUUUGUAAUGAUUAAAACACAUGCCACCCAAGUUGUCAUUUGUGAGAACAUGUACUUGAUUUUUGAAUGUUUUUAUUUAUUUAUUUUUAUGCUUUUCUACUGCUCUGUGAGUAGGGAUAACCAGCAAAUCACACCACACUAGAAAUGAUCCACAUUAUACUUCAAGUCAUAAAAAUAAUUAUUUUUCUAUAGGUCACAGAGAAAGGGAUUCUUAGAGUUUUAUACUCUGGAAACUGUACUGCUCUUUAGUGGUUUUAGUUUAAACUUCUGUCUUUAUAACUGUCAAAUACCGUGUUUAAAAUUAGUUUGACGUUUUAGUCCAGAAAUAGAAUCUAAAAAUUGUUAAUUGUUAGCAAAUUUUUGAAUGAAAAAUGUUCCCAAAAAAGAAAGCAUAUCACUACUAAGUAUAUGUAAAUCUAGUGAAAACUGCUACAAGGAGGGCUUUUCUGUUAGCUACUCUUUAAAAACAAACCAAUUUAAUACAACGUACUGAUUUAUUUUAUGUCGUUCUGUCUAAAUAUCUACCAAUGUGCAUCAUUCCUAAAGACUAUCACCUCCAUGCAGAAUUUAAUUUUUCAUGGUGAUGAGGCUAUCUGCUGAACUCCUAUCUUGCCAGAUACUUGGACUUAGGUGUCCAAGCAGAUGAGUUGAUGCAUUUGAUACCACUUUCCAUUUAGCCCUGUAUGUUUACAUUACCCUGUUU